CGGCAACACCUGAGGAUCCCGGAGCCCGCCCCCGCCAUGGAGGAGGACCAAGAGCUGGAGAGGAAAGCAAUAGAAGAACUUCUUAAGGAAGCAAAACGUGGAAAAACUAGAGCAGAAACAAUGGGACCCAUGGGUUGGAUGAAGUGUCCUCUUGCUAGUACCAAUAAAAGAUUUCUAAUAAACACAAUUAAGAAUACCUUGCCCUCCCAUAAAGAGCAAGACCACGAACAAAAAGAGGGCAAUAAGGAACCUGCGAAAGACCAGGACGAGAAAGAAGCCAACUCCAAGCAGCACAGAAGCCACGCCCAUAAGCGCAGCUGGCAUUCUCGCAGCUCCAGCAGGCACUCGCCCCCGCACAAGCGCCGCACCAAGGACAAGCACGAGGCCCGGGCCAGCCGGCGGUGAGGCCGGCCGCCUGAAGCCACCCGCGGCAGGGGCCCGUGGGAGGCAGGACCAGCACCUGAGUGUGCUUUCCACUGCAGAUCCCUUGUUCUUAGAGGCUGUGGGUGGCCAGCAAAAAUGACCCUGUCAGAGAAGCAAGUACGAAGGAGUUUUCUGGGAGGCUGUAGUGGCAAAUUUCAUUACAUUGACAGUGUAGCGUACACAAGUACUGUUUUUAUUCUAUUGUUUGAGAGUCGUUUCAGAAGAAGCAAAUCUAGAAUUUAAAGUUUUCAGAGAUUGUUAAAACCCAGUUUUUUCAUGUACUGCACUUUUGGUCAUUUUUCAGAAUUUCUCAAAAAAUAAAAUACUUGUAAAUCUUA